AGCUGGGAGCGAAGCGGAGCUUUAUUCACUGAUCGCCACCCAGGGAACAAGAACUGUCCGGACAAGUGAACGAUCAGGACCGGACUUCUCGCACUCACAGGACCGAUCGCUGGAUUUAUCUUCUACUUAUCUGGAUAGCAGGAGAUCGGGCGCUAGGACUUGUCCUCUGUGGAUUUUUAUCGAUCAUUCUGCUGGAUCUGUACUGGAGGAGAUCUGCCCUGGGCACGACCAUGGCACACUGGCGAUUCUCUGCCCUCACCUUGCUCUUAGCGAUGUUGCAGCAGGUGUCGGGCUCUGGGGUCUUCCAACUGGAACUUCAGGAGUUUAUAAACACCAGCGGGAUGCUGGAGAACGGAGAAUCGUGUUUGCCCAACUGUCGGAUCUUCUUCAAGAUCUGCCUGAAGCAUUAUCAGACCGUGGUGUCCCCAGGAUCGUGCACAUUCGGCAGUGUGGUCACCCCUGUGCUGGGAUCCAAUUCUUUCAUCAUUGGCAAUAUGGAAGGUUUCUCCAACCCCAUCAGGCUGCCCUUUAACUUCACCUGGCCGAAAACCUUUUCCCUGAUUAUUGAAGCUGUCCAUAAACCUUCAGGUUCAAAUCAAAAUGAUAUGUUGGUCAGCAAGUUUACCAUCCAGAAACCCCUGAAUGUUGGUGAAGAAUGGUCCACAGAUGAGAUGUCAGGAGUACACCAGACCCAGCUGAAAUAUUCCUACAGAGUUGUCUGCAGUGAGCAUUACUAUGGGGAAAGCUGUUCCAGGCUUUGCAAACCUAGGGAUGAUCGCUUUGGCCAUUACAUCUGUGAAUCGGAUGGCAGCGUAUCGUGCCUCAAGGGUUGGAAAGGAGAAUAUUGCUCAAAACCAAUAUGUCUGGAUGGGUGCAGUGAGCAAAAUGGUUUCUGCAACAGCCCUGGAGAAUGUUCAUGUCGCCCUGGCUGGCAAGGUCGUUUCUGCAAUGAGUGCAUUCCCCACAAUGGAUGUAGACAUGGUACAUGUCAGAAUCCAUGGCAGUGCAUCUGUGAUGAAGGCUGGGGUGGCCUUUUCUGUGACCAAGAUUUAAACUACUGCACUCAUCAUAAACCCUGCAAAAAUGGAGCCACGUGCAUGAACACGGGACAGGGCAGCUACACAUGUUCUUGUCGAGCUGGUUAUACUGGGGUCAAUUGUGAAGAGAAGAUCAAUCAGUGUGAUAGUAACCCCUGCAGGAAUGGCGGCAGUUGCACAGAUGUGGAUAGUGGCUAUGUCUGUGAAUGUCCACAAGGAUAUCAAGGAACCCACUGUGAACACAGUGUGCUAAAUUGUGCAGAUUCUCCAUGUUUUAAUGGUGGUACAUGUAGAGAACGAGAGAUGGGUGCCAGCUAUGCCUGCCUAUGCCCACUAGGAUUUACAGGUUCUAACUGUGAAAAGAAAGAGGACAAAUGUACAAACAAUCCUUGUUUAAAUGGUGGUCAGUGUUAUGUCUUUGGUUACGCACAGCUGUGUCGCUGUCCUUCUGGAUACGGAGGCCCAACAUGUGCUAUUAACAUAAAUCACUGUGCAAAGAACCCAUGUUCCAAUGGUGGUACCUGCUAUGACUUGCAUGGUGACUAUGGCUGCAUUUGUUCACCUGGAUUUACUGGGAAAAACUGUGAUGUCAAAUCCAUAGAUGAGUGUGCUGUGAACCCUUGUAAAAAUGGGGGAUCGUGUCAUGUUGUGCCUUAUGAAAAAAACAUUGCUUGUGUCUGUCCCUUUGGGUUCAUGGGAAGCCACUGCGAAUUCCAGGCUCGGGAAUUUCCCUGGGUUGCCGUGUUUAUGGGUGCUGGUAUGGUGGGACUCCUAGUCCUGUUGUGCAUGAUCUUCAUUGUUGUUAGACAUUUUCGUCAACAACCACAGCAAGACACAAAGACGAUGAACAAUUUAUCGGAUUUCCAAAAAGACAACCUGAUACCAGCCUCACAGUUAAAGAAUAUAAACAAAAAGAAGGAUAUUGAAGUGGAUUUUGGUCUGGAUAAAUCAAACUACAAGUUAAAAAACCAUACAUUAGACUGUAAUAUAACCAAUGGACUAAUUGGUGUUGGCAAUGGAAUUGCAAAAGGAGACAAUUUUUACAAUAGUGAGAAAUGUUUAGAAGACGAGAAAUACCCACUUCGUUUACACAGUGAAAAGCCAGAGUGUAGAAUAUCAACGAUAUGUUCCCCAAGGGAUUCAAUGUACCAGUCAAUUUAUGUGAUAGCAGAGGAACUGAACGAAUGUGUGAUAGCUACAGAGGUGUAAGUUCAGAAAUGCAACUGUCACAUCCUCUCAAAGGCCACAGAAUGGAGGCAUGCUGUGUAGCCAUGUUUACAAUUCAGUGAUUCAGGACUGGAGGUGAUUUUGAUCACAUAUGUGCAACAUGCUGCUUUCAGAAGACUGAAUAUUCUGAGCUGAAGGGAACAGACUGUGAAUUUGCAGGAGUCACAAAAGACUUUUUACUCCUGGGCUCUCCUAGACGUUUAGGAACUCAAUCAACAGAAUGUAACAAACUGGAUUAUACAUUUUCUUUCAAAUAGACAUAUGAUUUCAAGCUGGUUUCUUAAAGUGUCCUUUUGAGGCUUCACAUUACUUGUUAAAAAAUUGCAAUAUAAAUUGCUGUGCCAGCAAUGGCUGUUGGCAAUUCAUAUCAUAGAACAUCUCCAGAAGAAAGUGAAUGGAAUAAAGUUUGCUACGCAGAAUGCAAGUCUUGCUAUCAAGAUUGUUCUCCUGCUGUGUUUAGAAGUGCCUAAAGAAUGUCCCAAGAAUCCAAGUCGUGUUGGGUGAAGCUCACUACUUUCACAUGUAAUACCUGAACAGUAUUAAGCUAGGAGAUUUCUUGGAAAUUUCUACCCUGCUAAAGAGGUUUUGGGACAUGAUCGUGGAAAGUGCUGUGUGGACAUUUCUGUUAAUCCUGUUAUUAAAUAAUGCACACAGGUUGGUAGCCUGUGCAAGUCUUUAGCCAGCAAACUGUAGUAGUCAAAGCCUUAUGUUGCAUGACAAGUCAAUGAAGUUGGCCACUUUUUAAUAAUUCCUUUUGCACUACUGAGAAUUGUGAUUUAGUACUUUAUUGUCUUUUUAAAUAGCGAACACUAUCAGUUUGGUGACAGGUCUGUUUUCCACAGCCUUAAUGUUGUGAAACUGCAUCAAAUGCCCUUAUUAACAUAUAUAAAUGUAGGUUUAUUCCAAUUAAGUGCAUUAUGUUAUUUAACUUAUAUACCAUGACUGUUAUUGCCAUAACAUAAACUCUCCAGUGACUUAACUCUAGCUCUGUCCAAACAUUCAAAAUGCUGUUCAUCUAAAUCUGUAUCAGUGUCUUUUUCCUGUAAAAGGAUUUUGAAAUGCAAAAUGUCAGUUCAAUAGGCUAGGAGGUUUUUCAAUUCUGUUGUGCUAUUGAAUCAAAUUUCGUUUAAGCAAUAAUGUUGAUAGCUGUGAGAAUUCUAUGAUUUGUUAUAACCAAAAUUAAUAUUUGGAGGGAAGCAGGGACAAGAAAAUUUACAGCAGCUAUAUCGGUUUAUUGUGACGCAUUGCUUAAUUCUGUAAUGUUUAAAAAAAAUACACACUGAUUCACUACUGAGCUAGAA